CUCAUCUGAGGCGCAUGCGCAAGAUUAAUGUUGACAUGUCAAAAACGUAAAUAUCAACGUGGAAAUUUGUCAAGAAUUAUUUGCCAAACUUGUAGAUUAGAAAAGGAACAAUGUCAGAUUCAGAAGAGGAGUUUGCCAGUGCAGAUGAGGGAGAUAUGGAAGCCAAAUCUGGCGCUGCAUCCAAACAAAGUCAUGUCAAAGAAACUGUUAACCAGACUGAAAAAGCAGGAGUUGAGAAGGACACUGUAAAGACUAAAUCUUCCAAGAAAGGGUCAGAAAAGACUCAUACAAAGCACAACCAGGACACUGCCAGUAAAAGCCCUGAGGGUGAAGGGCCUUUACAGAAAACAAAAUCUCAGAGCAAACCAACCAGUGGAGGAAAAGGAAAAAAGGGGAAACAGAAGAGUAAGGGAAAGGUACAGAAGCAAGAAAAGGAGACCAGUGAUGAAACUGAUCCAACUCAAGCAAGUGCUAAUGUUGAAAAGGAAGAUGAAGGUGCCAGUUCAAUUUCAAAGGCCACAAAUCUUUCUGAUGUGAACUCAGAGAAAAAAGACUCGUCUGAUGGUAAAAUAGAGCUAAAUAACUCUCAGGUGAUAGACUCAGAGGGGGCAACUUCAUGUGUGUUCGAAUCUGACUCCAAUACAGACUCAACAAGUGCAAUAACUCAUGAAAAACCAGCAGGAACUCAGCUGUCAGAAAAACUUGUAAGUGAAGAAACACUUGUAGGUGAAGGUGCUUCAAAGAAAGAAUUAACAGCAGAAGAAUUGGAAGAGAAGGCAAACAUGAUAAAGUCACCGUCCUCCCAGAGUAUAUCUCGGCCACCACCAGAUCAUACUGACAAAGAAGAGGCAGUGUUACAGAAAUUGGCUGGGGCAGCUGCAGAGAAAAAGGGAGGCUGGGGCUGGGGCUGGGGCUCUUCCCUCUUGGAGGUGGCAUCUUCAUCUGUUUCUACAUUCACCAAGGAAGUUGGAGAGGGUCUUCACACAAUGAUGGAAACAGUGGAAUCCACCCUGAAUGUUCCUGACCCAGAGGAACUGGUUAGAGGGAAGAAAGAGGGCGGGGACGCUGACACAAGUGAAAAAGGAAAACAGGAUACAGAAACAUCAGAAAAAACAAUAUCCAAAGAAAAUGAGAAGCCAAAAGAAGUGACACAGUCUGAUAACCAGUCAGAGAAAGCUGAGAACCAGUCUCCUGAAGCAGAAGCAGAUAACCAGUCUGCUGAAUCCAGCAACCAGUCAACAAAAACUAGGAACCAGAAUAAAUCAGAAGAAGCUGAAGGCUGGUUCUCGUCUUGGGGCGUGUCUAAUAUCUCCAAAAUGGUGGAGAAUACGAGCAAGAACCUGGUAACAGGCAGUCUGGACGUGUUGGAAAAUAUCGGAAAGAAAACAUUUGAUGCCAUCAAUGAGCGAGACCCAGGCCUUAAGAAGACACGUCACUUCCUGUUGGACAGGGGAGAUAAACCAAACCUGUCAGCGUCAUUGCGUGAAGCAAAAGAACAGGAGGAAGUGCGAGCACAGCACGAGAAGGAGUCUGAGGAGGCAAGGAAGGCACACUUUGGGUCGUUGUUUGAUGAGUUCCAGGGGUUAGCCCACCUUGAAGCUCUAGAAAUGUUGUCCAAUCAGUGUGAGAAGUCUGUGAAUGCCCUACUUGGGUCUCUAUCGCCUGACACCCUCGGGUCCAUAAAGCCCACACUGGUCCAGGUGCGGGCAAAUUGUGAGGUUGGGGAGGACGAGGAGGAAGACGUGGAAGAGCAAGACUUUGAGGUCCUUGUGAAGGGUUAUGUUAGGGACCUUAAAAUAGGGGCCACACCAGAUAAACUCAUAAAGGCACACAUAAGAAUUCUUGAAGAAUGGGAAAACCUCAACUCACUGGCUAAACCUGAUGCUAAGGAGCUCCACAGAGCUGCUAUCAGUGGACUGGCAGAGUUUACCUCGAAGAGCAUAGAGCAGUUUCACAAGGCAGGGGAGCUUAUACUGCUGGACCGCAGAGAGUUGUCUGACUUUGUUGUGGCCAGUGAGACAUUGCAGCGGCUUACCAAGGUCCUGUGUGCUGAAGUGGGCAUUCUCUCUUCUAGAUUUACAGAGACAUUGAAUAAACAGGAGAAGACAGAUGAAAUAAAGAUCAGUCACCUUGUUACAAAUAUCUACUUAGAGGCUAGUAACAGCAGCUCGUACAUCCAGGAUGGUUUCCAGCUGUUGUUACCAGUGUUACAACAGGCCACCAUAGAGUCAAGCCAGGAACAAGACAGUUGAUACUCGCAUAGUUACUUCCCUUUGUUUGGGUUGUGCCAUUUGUGAAUGUUAUAGUAAUUGAAGUAAUUAAAUAUGAAGUGUUUUGUCAAGGGACAUUUUCAAUACCUUAUCCCUGCCAUACAUUUAUGUGACCACAAAAUUCUUGUUCAAUUAAAAUUACAAGUGGAAUAUGGUAUGGUAGGCAUCUAAAAAGAAUGGAAUGAAAAUUGGAAAUUUGGCUAAAAUUCACCCAAAAUCAUAUGGUAUAUCACUACUUACCGGUAGUGUAAUUACAGGGGAGAUCGCUGUGUUUAAGCUUGAUGUUGUAACAAUUAUUUGAUUUAUGUAAUGAGUAUUACACUUAGAGUGCUUAUGUAAAGCUUGUCAUUUAUCAAUUUACUUCAGUUUUUGUUUACUUUUAAACAUUUAUUUUGAUUAACUUAUUGCUUUUAAUCUUACCUUAAGUUGUGAAACAGGGAUAAUGUGAACAAUUCACUUUCUUUUAGUUUACUAGUUCAUUUCAAACUAUUAUAAAACUAAAAGAACAAGUGCGUAAUCAAUUAUUUAAAAAUAUGAAUGUAAUUUUGGUUCAUUUUCAGUUUUGUGUCUGAAAUGAAUUUCUAUUUUUUGUUGACAUGACACUGCAUGGUCGAAGGUUCGAGUCUGUAAUUUUAAUAUAUAUGGCUGGUAUGGAUUUUUAAGUCUUUCGUUACUAUUAUAGUGUAUAAAAAUAAUAUUAAUGCAAAAAUAAAAAUGAAUUUGAUAUUUUCU